UUACUAGUUUUAUAACUAUUGUAUUCAACUAAUAUCUCUACCUUUCAGUUGUAAGUCACUAUGUUGCAAAAUGGUGUUGUCUAAAUAAGCGACAAUUGAUCUCAAAUAAGACAUAGUUUGCGACAAAACCUGCAGAUACCGAUUCUUCAAAUUUAUGGGGAAAUAUCUUUAAUUGGUGGGGGUUUGUAUUGCUAAUUGAAAAGUUUAGACAUUGCUAACAAUAAUACUGUACUAAAAUGAGUCAAUUGCCUGAGUAUAUGGAUGCCAUUGUAUUCCAUGGUCCAUUUGAUGUUAGAACUGAAAAGAGAAAAACACCUACUAUUGUAGAUCCUUCGGAUGUAAUUCUUAAAGUUAAAUAUUCCGGAUUAUGUGGGUCGGAUUUACAUAGUUAUCGUGGUCAUAUUAAGGGACCAGUUGAUACUAUAAUUGGUCACGAAUUUUUAGGUACUGUUGUUGCCAAGGGAUCACACGUAAAAGAUUCAGACUUUGAAAUUGGUCAAGAUGUUUUAAGUACUUUCACUAUUCAGUGUGGGGUAUGCUGGUAUUGCGAGCAUGGAUAUUCGGGACAAUGUGAUAAAACCAAUACUUUUGGUAAAGUUGGAUUAGAUGGAGGUCAAGCUGAAUAUGUUAGGAUUCCUUAUGCUAAAUCCACUUUGAUAAAGAAACCUGAAGAUAAGAGUGGUAAUGUUGAUGAUUCAAUUUAUGUGUUGAUGGCUGAUAUCUUCGUUACAGGAUAUUACGGAGUCAAAAAGAUCGUUAACAAUUUAAAGAAUGAAUCAUCAGAAGGAGCAGCUAAGCAGGAUAUUUCGGAUGUUACGAUAUUACAAUUAGGUCUUGGACCUGUUGGAUUAUGUGCAUUAAAAGUUUUAAAGCAUUUUGGAUUCAAAAAAAUUGUUUGCGUAGAUAGUGUCCCUUCAAGAUUAGAAGAAGCUAAGAAACUUGGGGCUUAUGAAGUGAUUAAUUAUGAAACCGAUGGCGAUGCUAUUAAAAAAGCCAUUCAUGAAGUUACAGCCGGUGUUGGAUUUGAUGCUGUUCUUGAAGUUGUAGGUGCUUCUAGUGCUUUAAGAACAGCUUAUGAUUCUGUUCGUAGAAAUGGAUUUAUCUGUUCGCUAGGAAUGGCACAUGGUCCACUACCAUUUGAUGGACUUGAAUGUUACUUAAAGAAUAUUAAUGUCUCAUUCGGUAGAUGUCAUGCAUGGUCUUUAUUCCCUGAAGCUCUAGAAAUCUUUGAAAAGAUGAAGGGUGAUUUUACUCAUUUUAUUGAUCAUAAGGUUGGCUUGGAUCAGGCUAAAGAUGCUUUUGAAUUGUUUGAUCAUCACAAAGUUAACAAGGUUGUUUUUGAUUUGAGUAAUUAGAUCUGUCGAAAUUUCGCAGCUAUUUUUGCAAUAGUUAUAGAAUGAUAUAUACAUAUACAUAUAGAUAUACGAUAUUUAUAUAAUUACUAUACACAAUAAACAAUAAAUCCUUUGCUAUUCUACAAUACAUCACAUCAC